GGAACAUAUUCUUAUUCAUCUUUCCAUUAACAUUUUAUAAAAGUUUCAAUGGCAUCCACUACAUUGGGUGUCCUCUCACCUUGGCCUUGUUGAUGGCGGCCUUAGCCGCAACUUUUUAGGCACAAGAGAUAGCCAAAUUCGAUAUGGGUUCUUCCCAUUCUUCAUGCUCUCUCACUCCCACUCACUCCACCAAACAUUUCUACUUUUCCCCAUCGCCUAUCGCCCCAUCAAAAUUAUACCCAAAUCAGAAUCAAAUCAGAAAUUCAAUCAAUUUCAAGUUACAACCUUUUCUGUUUUCUUCUUCUUCUUCUUCACAAGUCUUGCCUCUGAAGUGCAGAAAGGCGGCUGAAUUUGAAACCCAAGCGAAAUCCUUGAAAACCAUGGCGGAUGUUCAUGGAAUCGAUCAAGAAUUGCUUCAGGAGAUGGUUUAUGAUGCUCUAGUUUGGAGCUCUCUACAUGGGCUUGUUGUUGGUGACAGGUCUGUGAAGAGAUCAGGCGAAGUACCAGGUGUCGGUUUGUCUCAUUCACCAAUUGCCUUGUUGCCUGGGUUAUUUCCUGAAACUCAUUGGAAUCAAGCAUGUGAGUUAUCCUCCAUAUUUAAUGAAUUAGUUGAUCGAGUGAGCAUGGAUGGGAAGUUUCUACAGGAAUCACUAUCCAGAACUAAAAAAGGAGAUGCUUUUACGUCUAGACUUUUAGAUAUUCAUUCCAAGAUGCUUCAGAUUGACAAAAAGGAGGAAAUCCGCUUGGGUUUACAUCGCUCAGAUUAUAUGCUUGAUGAUAAAACGAAAUUACUUCUUCAAGUAGAGCUCAACACCAUAUCAUGCUCAUUUCCUGGACUUAGUUGCCUAGUCAGUGAACUUCAUAGGUUUCUACUUGGUGAAUAUGGAGAAGUCCUCGGAUUGGACUAUAAAAAUAUUCCUGAAAACUAUGCUGCUAACCAAUAUGCUGAGGUACUGGCCAAAGCUUGGACCGAAUAUAAUGACCCAAGUGCUGUUAUUUUGUUUGUGAUUCAAGCUGAGGAACGAAACAUGUAUGAUCAACUCUGGCUUUCUGUUAACUUGAGAAAAAGACAUAACAUCAAAACUCUCCGGAAAACACUAGCAGAAAUCGAUAGAGAGGGAGUACUAAGAUCUGAUGGAACACUCGUUCUGGAUGGCCAAGCAAUUGCUGUUGUGUACUUCAGGGCUGGAUAUACGCCUAGGGACUAUCCGUCUGAAUCGGAAUGGAGUGCAAGGUUACUUAUGGAGCAGUCAUCUGCAGUCAAAUGCCCAUCCAUAUCUUAUCAUUUAGUAGGCACCAAGAAAAUUCAACAGGAACUUGCAAGACCAAAUGUUCUUGAAAGGUUCCUUGACAGUGAAGAGGAUAUUGCCAAGAUAAGAAAAUGUUUUGCAGGGUUGUGGAGUUUAGAUGACAAAGAUAUAGUUAAAAAAGCCAUUGAAACACCGGAACUAUUCGUUAUGAAGCCACAAAGAGAAGGCGGAGGGAAUAAUAUUUAUGGAGAUGAUGUGAGGGAAGCCCUUCUAAAAUUGCAGGAGGAAGGGAGUGAAGAAGAUGGUGCUUACAUCCUUAUGCAGAGGAUAUUCCCAUCUGUCUUCCCGACGAUUUUUGUGCGAGAUGGGAUCUGUCAUAAGGACCAUGCAGUUUCAGAACUCGGUAUAUUCGGUGCUUACUUAAGGAACAAGGACAAAGUAAUUGUAAAUCAGCAGACUGGUUACUUGAUGAGGACAAAAGUAUCUUCAUCAAAUGAGGGUGGUGUUGCUGCUGGAUUUGCCGUCUUGGAUAGCAUUUACUUAACUUGAUUCUCUUUAAUUACCCAAUUCUCUCCAUAUUACAAAUCCAUAAUCUUUAUUAUAUACUUUGCUUGACAACAGGUUUUGUUGCCAGUUCUUCCUUUGUAUAAGCCUCUAUAAAAAAACUAUAUGGAAUUUGAUGAUUUUAAAUAAUCCUAAGAUAAUCCAAAUUUAUAAUUACAAAUUAUUCUGA